AUGGAUAAAGGAGAUUAUGAUACGCGUGUCUAUGAGAUGAUUGCUUCAGGUCCGUAUGAGGAAUACCUGUAUAAAAACGGAAAACCAAAAGAUCCACUUAAUGCGAUGAUCGAAGGUGCAAACAUCACUCGCCAAAGAACUGCUCACCUAAUGGGGGAAGAAAAGUUAGAAAGACGAUUACUCGUAUCCAACCCAAAGGUUGCUUCGUUAUACUGCUUACCGAAAAUACACAAAAACCCGUUAGCAAUGAGACCAAUUUCAUCAAAUGUCUCCACAUCGAUGGAAAAAAUGGCAGCGUGGGUGGUAAACGAAAUGAAACAUUAUCCCAUUUCCCAUGGCGCCAGCGUGAAAAACUCGGUCGACUUGGUUGAGCAACUAAAAGGUGUAGAGUUGCGAAUGGGGGAGAUACUAGUGUCGUUUGAUGUCAAAGCACUGUUUCCAAGCGUACCGGUACCAGAUGCCAUACAAAGCUUUCGUGGACAUUUAGAAAGAAGCCGAGCUUCAUCCAUUCAAAUUGAAGCCUACACAUCGAUAGUGGAGCGAUGCAUGGACCAAAAUUUCUUCACCUUCAGGGGGAAAUUUUACCGGCAGGUAUUUGGUCUUUGUAUGGGCAGCAAAUUGUCGCCACUCUUAGCGGAGUUAUUUAUGAGUGAUUUUGAGGGAAAAUUGAAAGAGGAAAAAUUUUUUCCCCGCGUGUGGAAGCGGUACGUCGAUGAUGUUUUUGCCAUCGUAGAAGAACGUCAUUUAGAACAAACACUAGAGCUGCUAAAUACUCGAUAUCCGACGAUCAAAUUCACCGUAGAACAGGAAGUGGAUAAAAAACUUCCCUUCCUAGAUUUGAUCAUAUCUAGGAAACCUGACAACUCGCUAAAAUUUGGCAUCUACCGGAAACCAACAUCCACGGACCGGUACAUCACUUCGGACUCUAACCAUUGUGGAGCCCAAAAACAAGCGGCUUUUCACUCCAUGGCCCAUCGCCUUGUUAGUGUACCGAUGGAGAAAGAUGAGUACACGAUAGAGAAGGAAAAAAUUAAAAAAGCGGCCAAGUUAAACGGAUAUGACGAAGAUUUUGUGGAAAAAAUUAUCCGCACACACGAACGGAAACAACACAAACGCGAAGUCACCAAUCUGCAACCAGAAAAAGAAAAUUUAGAGAGGAUCAGCAUGCCAUUCUACGCAAAAGUUACAAACCGGAUCAAAAACGCCCUUAAAAGGCACGGCUACCACGUAACUCACAAAAGUGAAAACAGACUACGUGAUCUUUUGUGUAACGCGAAAGAUAAAAUUCCGUCUAAUGAGAAGUCUGGAAUCUACAAAAUUGAAUGCCAGGAUUGUGCAGCUGUGUACAUUGGCCAAACACGGCGCAAGUUCAAAGUUCGUUUAAAAGAGCAUAAGAAAGCUGUUGCCAACAAACGAGCCAACGAGUCAAGUGUGGCAAGUCAUGCUAUCUCCCUCCAACACAAUGUCGAUUGGGACAACGCGAAAAUUUUGAAAAAUAUUAGGAAAUCGUCGCAACUUAAUGCAUGGGAGUCGAUGCAUAUCAUGACAUCGGAACAGCCACUUAUGAACGAGGAUGAUGCUCCCAUACUAUCGCCUCUCUUCCACCUCACCAAACUGAAACUGUAA